AUUAAAUAUUGAACCAGAAAGCAAGUGAAAUCACACACCAGAAAAAUGCAAUCUUUAUCAGCAACUCAUGCCAAAUCUCUCUUGCUUCUGUCAACAAUCCUAUGUACUCUCAAUCUUGUUGUUACCGAACAAGGGUUUUGUUCUGCAAUAUCAUCAGUAACUGAUUCCAAUUCAAAUUGUAACCCCCUUUAUUCAAAGGUUAUUAAUCCCACUCUCAACCCUUCUCAUCUACAAGAUUUACCUGGGUUUACUAGAAGUGUGUAUAAGAGUGAUCAUGCUUUAAUCACUCCUGAAAGUCAUGUGUUCAGCCCAUUGCCUGAUUGGAGCAACACAUUGGGGGCUUAUUUAGUGUCUCCAGCAAUGGGUGCACAUUUUGUUAUGUAUAUUGCAAAGAUGCAAGAAAGUGCAAAAUCAGGGUGUCCUCCUAAGGAUGUUGAGAGGUUUGUAUUUGUGCUUCAAGGGUCGGUCACAUUCACUAACGUUUCUGGUGUUGGUCAAACAUUGAUGGUGGAUUCGUUUGCUUACCUACCUCCUAACUCAGAACAUCUCUUUGAAAGCUAUGAAUCUGCUACACUUGUUGUGUUCGAAAGAAGGUACGCUUACCUGGAAAAUCAUGUUCCUGAGCAAAUUGUUGGUUCCACCGAUCAACAACCACUUCUUGACACCCCUGGCGAGGUGUUCGAACUGCGGAAGCUUCUUCCUACAUCCCUGCCUUAUGACUUCAACAUUCAUAUCAUGGACUUCCAACCGGGCGAAUUUCUCAACGUAAAGGAAGUUCACUAUAAUCAGCAUGGUUUGCUACUUUUAGAGGGACAAGGUAUUUACCGUCUAGGUGACAGCUGGUAUCCGGUCCAGGCUGGAGAUGCGAUCUGGAUGGCUCCAUUUGUGCCUCAAUGGUAUGCUGCGCUAGGCAAAAUUCCAACCCGAUAUUUGCUCUACAAAGACGUAAACAGAAAUCCGUUGUAAUCGAGGAAAAGACCAUCUUAUUAUGAGCUUCAAGUAUGCAAUAGAACAACAUUAUAAUCAAUCAUGUUUGUACUUAUGCAUGAAGGUUGGUUAUGUAAUAUCUGAUUUCAUUGCUAAAGAGUUGUUAUUUCUUUUUUUUAUCA